AUGACUAUCGGAAGAAAGCCGCGCGUUGUUUCCCUCGGGGAGCCUGCAUUCGUGGGCAGUGAAUAUCUUACUCAAUUCAAGACCGAAUUUGACUAUUCCGUCCUCCCUGCAACAAAUCGCGAGGAAGCCCAGGUAUUGCUACCCAAAGACAUCAACGAAAAUGGACCGAUAGACGCGUUCAUCGUUCGCAUGGGUACGCCACCCUACGAGCCACUCGAUCAGGAUUUUUUUCGAGCACUAGCACCGGGGUGUAAGAUUAUCACUUCUGCUAGUGCCGGAUACAACGAGUUCGACGUGGACUGGAUGACAAACCAGGAAAUUGUGUUUUGUAAUACUGUGAAUGCCGUCGCUGAGGCUACAGCAGACAUGGCUAUAUUUCUGAUACUUGCUGUUCUGAGGAACACUACAAACGCCGAGCGGAGUGCACGGAGCGGGAUGUGGAGGAAGGGCGCAAACCUGGUUCCUACUUGUGAUCCGUCGGGAUUGACACUUGGUAUUGUCGGUAUGGGUGCUAUUGGAAAGUACCUCGCCAAGAAAGCCGCGGUCUUCAAUAUGAAGAUCAAGUACUACAAUCGACACCAACUACCGGCCUCCGAAGAAGCAGCGUACGGUGCAACAUAUUGCCAGUCUCUACAUGAGCUUCUGCGCGAAUCAGAUGUCGUCUCCUUGAAUUGCCCUCUGAAUGCGGCAACCACGAAUCUAAUCAGCGAAGCCGAAUUCUCCGCUAUGAAAGACGGUGUAUUCCUCAUUAACACGGCUAGAGGAGCAGUCAUCGACGAAAAGGCUCUCAUUGCGGCACUUGAGUCAGGCAAGGUACAGCGGGCUGGACUUGAUGUUUUUGUGAACGAGCCGAGUCCGAAUCCCUACUUUUUACAAAGUGAUAAAAUCGUUGUGCAGCCACAUUUGGGUGGUUUGACUGAGAAGGCAUUCCAAAAAGCCGAGAGAGAAUGCUUUGAGAACAUCCGUGCUUUUUUCAAGACUGGGAAGGCAAACUCGCCAGUGAAUAUCAAAGUCCAAACCCCCUGA